AUCAUGCUCUUCCUUUCUCUGGUUUUGGUUGUCCCUGUUUUUUUGCCUACCUUCAUGGGUUUGUAUGUGUUUGACCCUGGGUUUUCGUUCCAAUUGAGCUCUUCUAUACCACUGAAUUUGGUAUAGUUGCUAUUUUUCAUGGUAGAAUUUGAUGAGUUUUGCUUUACCAUCUUUCCCUAUUAACUCUCGCCCUCCCUUCCUCUGUCUCUGUCUGCGUGUCUGUGUGUGUAGAUGGGAUUUUGGUUGUUUCCCUCCCUCCCUGUGUGUGUGUGGUGAGGUUUUGUUUUUUCCCACUUGGCUUAGUGGCGAUAUGCAUGAAUUUGUUUGAUAUGGGCCAUCCAAUUGAAAGGUGUGGGUUUACAGAUACGAUGGUAGAUCUUGUUACUGGAUGUUGUAAAUUCCAUGUAGGUUCCUUCUUAUUUGUCUUUUUUAUUUGGAGAUGGAGCUGGUUUGUGAAGAAUCUUCGUACUUGGACAAACAUGUGGUAUUCAGCAAUUAAAAAUGGAACCCCGUCCUGGAUAUGGCGUAGGUGAGGAUGUGGCCAAGCUUUACAAUAUCCAUCUAAAUGAUUCGAGGGCUUCAUCCUCAUUUAUGAAUCCAACGCAGAAAUUGAAGACUCGUGUAAUGAAAAAGAAUAUCAAUCCUGAGUGGAAUGAAGAUUUAACCCUUUCUGUGGCAGAUCCUGAGCUUCCAAUCAAGCUUACAGUAUAUGAUAAGGACAAAUUCAGCCUAGAUGACAAAAUGGGAGAUGCAGAUAUUGACAUUAAACCAUUUCUAGAAGCUGUAAAGAUGCAUUUGGUGAAUCUCCCAAGUGGUACCAUAAUACAGAGAGUACAACCUAAUAGGCAAAACUGCCUUGCUGAGGAAAGCUGUAUCAUAUGGCAAGAUGGCAAGGUUGUCCAGGAUAUGUAUCUGAGACUGAAAAAUGUGGAAAGCGGUGAAGUGGAACUUCAGCUGCAGUGGAUUGACAUCCCUGGUUCCAGAGGUAUAUAGAAGUCAUGCAUGAUUGGCUUCUUCUGGGCUUCUGUAGCAUAUAUGCGGUUGUCACUUCAUUAUCAGCAUCAACAAAGUUGCCUACAUUUGUUUGUUUUACCAUAGACGUGUAUGUCACAUUCACGUUUAAAAAUAAGCUCAUCCAAUAUAUAUAUAUAUA